CCCCCCGGGGUGUCCCUCCGCGGCGCCUCCGUGUUAGCUCCAUUCAGUGGCGGGUUCCGCGGCGGGCGCAGCUCGGGCUGUUCUCGAUAGGAACAGGUCGCCGUCCGGCAUCGCUCAGCGGGCAGCAGCCGCAGGAGGACGAGGUGCAGCACAGGAGCAGGAGAUGUUCUCCCGACUGAGAGCAGCCGCCGCCCCGUGCGCGAUGGCGCGCCGUGGCAUCCACAUGAAGGAGAAGGGGAAGCCACUGAUGCUGAACCCACGGACAAACAAGGGAAUGGCCUUUACCUUACACGAGAGGCAAAUGCUUGGGCUGCAAGGACUUCUACCUCCUAAAAUAGAGACACAGGACAUCCAAGCCUUACGGUUCCACAAGAAUUUGGCAAAAAUGACAGACCCCUUGGAGAAGUAUAUCUAUAUAAUGGGCAUCCAGGAGAGAAAUGAAAAGCUGUUCUAUAGGGUGUUACAGGACGACAUUGAACGGCUGAUGCCAAUUGUGUACACGCCAACAGUAGGCCUUGCCUGCUCCCAGUACGGACACAUCUUCAGGAGACCAAAAGGAUUAUUUAUUUCCAUCUCAGACAGAGGCCACAUAAGGUCAAUUGUGAACAACUGGCCGGAGAACGACGUUAAGGCUGUUGUCGUCACUGACGGAGAAAGAAUAUUGGGUCUGGGAGACCUGGGAGUGUAUGGGAUGGGAAUUCCAGUGGGGAAACUCUGCUUGUAUACAGCCUGUGCAGGAAUACAUCCAGAUAAAUGCUUGCCUGUGUGCAUCGACGUUGGAACCGAUAACAUAACGCUCUUAAAAGAUCCGUUUUACAUGGGCCUGUACCAGAAGAGGGAUCGCUCGCAGGUCUACGAUGACCUGAUUGAUGAAUUUAUGGAGGCCAUUACAGACAGGUAUGGCCAGAACACGCUUAUCCAGUUUGAAGACUUUGGAAACCACAACGCUUUCCGUUUCUUAAGAAAAUACAGAGAGAAAUACUGUACCUUCAAUGACGAUAUCCAAGGGACAGCUUCAGUGGCCUUGGCAGGACUGCUGGCAGCACAGAAAGCCACUGGCAGACCACUUACAGAGCAGAAGGUGCUGUUCCUUGGGGCAGGAGAGGCUGCCCUGGGAAUUGCAAACCUCAUUGUUAUGGCCAUGGUGGAAAGUGGUGUUUCUGCCGAGGAAGCCUACGGGAGAAUAUGGAUGUUUGACAAGCACGGUUUGCUGGUCCAGGGCCGAGAACAAAAGGUGGAUUCCAACCAAGAACCGUUUACACACCGGGCUCCAGAGCAGAUACCAAAGACGUUUGUAGAGGCGGUGAAUGUACUUCGGCCCUCAGCCAUCAUCGGAGUGGCAGGGGCUGGGAGGCUCUUCUCCCACGAGGUGAUCAAAGCCAUGGCUGCCAUCAACGAGCGACCCAUCAUAUUCGCGCUGAGCAACCCCACGGUGAAGGCUGAGUGCACGGCAGAGGAGGCAUACACGUUAACAGAGGGCCGUUGCUUGUUUGCCAGUGGCAGUCCCUUUGACCUGGUGACUCUGAAGGACGGGAGGACCUUCAAGCCCGGCCAAGGAAACAAUGCUUACAUUUUCCCAGGCGUGGCUCUGGCUGUGAUCCUCAGCAGUGUCCGGCACAUCAGCGACAAGGUUUUCCUGGAGGCUGCUAAGGCACUGGCGGAACAGUUGAGUGAUGAAGAACUUGCACAAGGAAGACUUUACCCUCCACUGUCCAAUAUCAGGGAAGUUUCUAUUUCUAUUGCUGUCAAGGUGAUGGAGUUUUUGUACGCCAACAACAUGGCUUUCCACUACCCCGAGCCCGAGGACAAGGACCGCUACAUCCGCUCCAAGGUCUGGUCCUACGAGUACGAGUCCUUCAUGCCGGACGUGUACGACUGGCCCGAGUCCAAGGUCCACUGAGGCACCGCCGCGCCGCACUCCUCAGGCAGCAUCUUCUACUCUGCAGGGAUCCCUUCUUCAGACCAACUUAAAUCAUAAUCUGUAAUUUAUUUUCGCUCGUUUCGUUGUCUUUUCCCCCCUCCCCUCCCCACCCCCCCUUUGCUCUGUUUUUUUUCACUCCACGUUGAUUUCUCCCCACUCCCUCCCCUCUCCCCCCCCCCCCCCCCCGGUUCACCUGUUAAACUGUAUGGAUGAUGGCAUCCUGCCACGGGGAUGAGAGAGCCCUCCAAAACGAAUUUGAACGAUGACAUUGCAUUUCUAGCUUAGAGCCAGCGCCACACUGAAGAAUUCUGUUAAUGAUGUUUUAGCUAAACGGGUUUGACAACGAGCUUAUAGCUCCCCCUCAUCGCUGCCUGAUCUCCUGAGUGAUUUGUUUCUGCCUUUAGUAAUCAGUCUUCUGAUUGCCCUGGCGUUGUCACGCGGUGACAUCAACAGAGAGCACUUGUCAAAAAAAACCAAAAAAAAAACCCCGGAUGCUUCAAGGUGAAUUUGACAGUCCGGUGGGCUUUGUUUGAUGUUUAAAGAUGCCCGUGUCCAGGCUGCUCGGCGGCAUUGUCUGCUCCAUUUCCUUGGGCAGCAGCGCCGUGUACGCCUCUGGAAUCUGCAGCAGAGCUUUUGCUUGUUUUGUUUCCAUCGCCGCGUGCAAUCUGUUCUCGGGGAGAAAUGUGAGCUGGUUGAAAUUAUCCUUGGAAAGCCUGAAAACAGUAUUAAUCACUUCGUAGCUUUUGAAAAACAGAGCUGUGCUGUCGCAUAACAAAUUUUUAUCAGGUAAGCGCAGGAUCUGAAGUAAUAACCAGAAAUCUUUUAGAGGUUUUGCAAUGAGAUUUUUAUGCACUGGACUGCGAGGUGAGGUACCAAAGGAUUUUUCUUUUUUUCUUAAAAUUUUUUUUCUUCUGAAUUUUUCUCCCUUGCAUCCCCCUGUUCUCACAGAAAGACUCGUGUAUGAUGUCUUUAUGAAUUGCUGACUCGAAAACUCCUGAGUGGGCUCGCUCACCACUUUGAACUAACACUCCACGGGCAGCUGACGAAGCUGAAACAGCAAGUGUUGACAGGCAGCUAUUAACACACCCAUUUACGCGGGUUUGGCUGAAUGUUUCCUGUGGUCUCAGCCCGGUGUUUUCAGGUCAGUCUGAGCGCUGGACUCUAAAGACGCAAAGCCUGCGAGCUCUGCCUCGAUCACUCCACCUUCCCCGCUCCAUUCUCAGGCUCAGCUCCUCAGAGCUCUCGUGUGAGAACAAAAACUGCAGGCUGAAUUUUUUUUCCCUUGAAACGGACGGCCCUGCAGGUUUGUUUACAGAUGCCGCAGUGUGCGCCGGUGUCGAGCUGUUUGUUUCGUGGGUGUGGGGCCGAAGUGCCCUCUGUUACUUUGUACGGGCAGGCAAGGACACCCUGUGAUAGCUGCAGCUUCCCUGGAUCUGUUCUCUGCAGCAGGAACAGCGACAUGUCAGGAACAGAAAUAAAGAUAACGUGCUGUUCUGCAGUUUGCUGCAUCGAGGCACAAAAAAAAAGGACAAGAGUAAAUAAAUAGAUAUAUGUAGCGAGGCUGUGCUGGCAAACGUGAGGGCAGAAUCCAAAGGCAUAAAGUAAAGCUUGCCCAGGAUUUAACCAUGGCAAGCAACCUCUCUCACAUCUUCAUUUAUGUGGGAAAACGCAGUCUCCACAGAAUAGGCCAAAAAUAGAGCAGGGGAAAACAGUCUCAGCACCCCCUUUGGACGUGAUCUCUGGCACUUACAGCCUAAUGUCCGGGUUUGAAAUUAUGUUCAUGUAUUAAAAUGCAAGGAACAGUAAGCUUUGGGAAGGCUUUACCUAAGUGGGGGCAGAAGACUGAUUAUAUAAACACAGAAAACAGUGAUGUGGGGAAGAAACUGUGGUAUCCAACCUGUGGUAAAGGGCUGUGUGGUGCUGCUCAAAGUGCUUCAUUGUCAAGUCAGGCAGUGCACGGGGUUUGGAACUUGCACAUGUAAUAUAAAGACCAACACACACACAAUAUGAUGUUUUUACAGAGAAUGCUUUUUUCAUCUAUUUUUGCUAUGCCUGGUUUUUAUUGUAUUUAAAUUUUUUGUGAUCUUCCUGGAGAUUAUUUAUUUAGCGUAUGAAUUGUUGUUUUGCCUUCCGAAAAAAAAUCCAGCUCUAUCUGAGGCCUGUUGUAGUGUGUCAGUGGAGUUCUGCAUCACUGGAUUCCAGUAUAUUGGGAACACACACUCCCUCCCUUCUGCCAGGAGUCUAAUUAGGCAGAUGAGUAACAAAAAUACCCAAUGCACUGAUCUCAUGUCCGGGCUGAGAACGGUCACGGAGGCAGAGCAGUCGGUCCCUAAGUACAACUCUGUCUCAGAAAAUAAAGAUCUGCCUCCACCUCUUCAGUCUGAUUAUUUUUUUUCCAGGCAAGAAGUGCAGUCACUGUCCAUAACCAGUGGGUGUUGAUAGUCCUCAGGAGAACCUGGAGCUGGGGAGAGCAGUGUUACCUGUGCACAGCAGCAGUUUUUGCCUGGGGCAGGAGUGACUGCGGUUCACACACGGGGAGGAUGCCUGUUCUGUGCAGUGCAGUCUUUUCCCUUCCUGGCACGGGCUCCCUGCUGUCUUUAAGCAGAUGCCAAGGGGGAUUGUUGAGAACUGGCUGGCAGUGGGGGUUUUCCCAAUUUUUCUGGCAAUCCAACAGCACAGGUGAGGGAGAAAUCAGUCCUUGGCUGACCUGGAGGCUCCGGUUAAAGUGCCCAGCCCUGGUGGGGCUGUGGGCUUGUCAGAGCUCAGGGGCAGAGAAGGCCUGGCUGUGCCCCCCGAGCUGUCCCUGUCAGGGCAGCUGGGUGGUACCAGUCAGACCUUAUCUGUUACUCCCAUGGGCUUUGUCUGACCAGCUUCUUUAGGUUGCAGUAGAGAGGUGGUGGAAUUUUCCCUUUAAUGUGCAGCCAUUGCUUUCUGUUGGCAACAGGCAACGUGCCAGCUCACGUUUUAAAUCCAUUUUGCCCUCCCUUUUGCCUUUUCCAGAAUUUUUUUUUUCUAAAGGUGCAUAAGUCCAUCUUCAGUCUUCUGUAUUCUUCAGAUACAAUUAAUCUCUGAAUUAAUUACAGCUGCUAAUCUUGCUGCUUAGUAAGGAGCCCGCAGUGUCUUUUUCAUAUUCAACUUAGCCUGAUUUUUUUUCUGUUUGCUGAUUUAUUUAAAAGUAUUUACUGAUCUGUAUCUACACAGAAAUUUCUCUUACACAGUGUGCAAAGGGAAACAGUGGUCACCAGGAUGCAUUUUGUGAUGCUACAGAGUGUAAGUUAAAAGAAUGCAUCAUCUAAAGGAUAACUAGUGUUCUGGCUUGUCACACAGCCCUGGUGGCUUUUGCCCUCCAAAUGGUAUAAAGGGCUCUUUGGGGUGUGCAGAACCCUUCUGAGAGGAUCAGGAACUCCCACCAAGGUCAGUCCUUUCCAGGAUUUGUCCUUGAAAUCAGCAGGAGCAGGACUGAGCCUCUUGGCAGCAACCUGUUUUGGGGAUAUUACAGAUAACUGGUGGAGUGCAGCCUUUUUUUUUUUUUUUUUUUAAUGAAAAUGCGCGUGUUUUUGUUCAAAGAUGUUACAAAGGUUUGUGUGUUCCCGAAGCCUCUGCCCUGGCGCCAACGUGACGGGCAGGAGACGACCAUUAGGAAACAUUGUACCUGAUAGGGUCUGAAACCCCAAACGUGACUCGUGGCACAAGUCCCCGGUGAUGUCUGUGAGCAGUGAUGCAUCCUGAUGUGCUGUGUUUGUUUUCCAAGCUUAAAGCCAAGCGACACUUUACGUGCAGAGUGGUGUGUGACAGGUUUCCCGUGGCGUGUCUUCUCUGUAACUGUUGUUUCCAGCACUCUGUUUUACAAAAGUGGGGAUAAAGUAACUCUCUGUCGCGCUGCUCUGGUGGUAACUGCAGAGAUGAGUGAUACACCUUUUAGUUUCUCAUUAGGAGCCCUGCGUGUGGGAGAGUGGGGAUCACUAUUGCACAGCUCAAACUGUGCAUUUUACUUCAGCUGACUCUGGGCCAAAGCCAAUCCCAAGUUGUUGUUCUUUUGCUCCGGGUCCUCUUGACCUCAGAGGUGCAGAUUUGAACUCCUCUGCCCGUUGGAUAAAAGUUAUCUGCAGGACUCUCAGAUCAGACUGUAAGAACACUUUGGACUCCUGUCUCAGCUGCAAGUGCUAUUCCUGAACUGGAGAAAACCACUGUUGUCUUUGGACUCUUUUUAGGGUGGUGUGUACUGCUAUCCCGUUCUAUAACAGCCAUAUGUGACAGGCAGGGACUGGAGUUAACACUGAGUACUGGAGCAAGGAGGAAAUACAGAGCAAACCUCUAACUGCACCCACUGGGCAGCUGAAUUUGAGCAGAGUCACUCAGCUGCUGCUGGCCAGGGGACAUCUGAUUCUGUGUGGACCUGCCUUGACCGACCUACCCACCUGCCCACCCCGAAAUGCACAUCACCACGGCGUCAGGAACCCGGGAUGAGCGGCCAGGAAGGUCCAUCAGGACUCACCCCUGCAUCCUCCCGUGGCUGCCCGGGUCGCAGCCCCCCGUGGUGAUGGGGAUGGAGAUGGAGAUGGAGAUGAUGGAGAUGGAGAUGGAGAUGAUGGAGAUGGAGAUGGUGAUGGAGAUGGAGAUGGAGAUGGUGAUGGAGAUGCUCCUUGGUGGCUGCUCCGGAGGGAGAUGUCCCGACACCUGCAUCCCAGUGGCACGGGGGACCACGGCUACAGCUGGUGCAAAAAGUGUCCUCUGGCAUGGGGUGUUCUGCUCGUGCUGCAGGAACCCCACGGUGGGCGUUGGUACCCCCCAGACUCAGCUCUGCGAGUUCCACUGGCUUUGGCCCAGCCAUCCUCCGGGUGGUUACACUCUGACAGGGAUAAGAACACUUCUAGGACUACACAGACGUAGUGAGGUGGCUGGUUGGUCAGUAAAACAGCAAAAUAACCUGCGUUUGUUUCUGUCUUACACAUAUCUACCUUACACAACUCAGCGUAGGUCUGCUGGGGCACUUGUGAGGACAGUUCUAGCCUGAUCUGUGCGGGGUUGGCUGUGCCUGGGAGGGUCAUUGCUCAGCUGAAACUAAAACUGUGUAAAUGUGGAUUGGUUAUGGUUUUUGGUUUUGUUUUUUUUUUCCCCCUCCUUUAUAACGUUGUAACUCUAUUGAAAUGUGUGUUCCGGUCUUCUAUUUUCUUAGUAAAAUGCAUUCCCUUUGCCUAAA